AGGUCCGUGAAAGCGCAAAAGAAGGGCGAUGACAGUGAUGAGGAUGGAUGUGACGAGCUGAGGCCACGGCAGGCGCUGCCCGUCGCCGGCAGCGAUUGAGAUGGCCGCCCUCGCCGCAGAUGGACAGCAUCACCGCCGACAUGACGGCUGAAGAAUACCUCAGAGCCGUCAGGUAAAAGCAGCGCCCGCACUCAUCGCACUGAAUCACUGUUUCCUUGUCGUUGUGUUGCUACAGGUGGCAGGCACGGCAGAUCCCGAAGGUCAUCAGCCACACAGGCGGACAGCCGGCUGCCCAUCGCCCCCCCUCUCCGCCCACAAGCCAACCGCACGGCAGCAGAGCCCACCACACAGCAAGCGCCCGAUGGUGACGGUGGCAUUGUUGUGUCAGAGAGGAGGGAAGCCGAGCCGUCGGGGCUUUCGGCUGCGCUGCGGCUUGUGCGAGGCGACCAGGGAGGGGCUGACACCACCAGCACCACCACCAGCGGCACGGCUGGAGAGAUGUCGGCCACCUGGGUGAGCGAUGUGGUCUUCUACUUCAAGAAUCUGCGGCUGGUGAGACGACUUAGAUAUCGCACGUGUUGUCAGCCUUUUCCGAUUGGAUGAAUGGAUGGCUGGGUGUCAUGUGUGUGUGCAGCAAGUGCACGGGACUCGCGAGUGCGGGCCGUCUGUGGUGGUGAGGAGCCGCGACGACUGGCUGGCUGCCCGUACCUCACUGAGCCCUUCCAUUGACUCAUUACGGCAAAUGGACUCGGUGAGUGAGUGGACGAGCCACCAACACGACAAACGGCAUCCAUCCGGCCCCACUGUUCAUUCAGGUGGAGACCUGCAAGAUGGUAGAGGUGUUGGCCGAGGUGAUGCCCAAGACGACGGCAGCGACCAUCAGUGUGGACGAGGGCACUGCGGCACGACAGCUGCACGUGUGUCGGUGGUUGUUUCUGCUGCUGGUCAACCUGGACGAGCUGCAGGCCCGCGACGAGGGAGUGGCCGCCGACCUGCAGGCCAUUCGCAAACACUGCGAUGCCUGGAGGGCUCACCUGGUAUGUCUGUAUACAGGAUCCACACGCACGCACACACACACACGUGGGCCCGUGCGCUUUGUGUGUCAGAUGUCGACCGGGGUUGGGUCGGUGGGCGAGUCGUGUCGAGAGCUGUUGGCCUCUGUGAGUGUCAUCAGUGCCCUAGUUAAGAGAGUUCUUCCGGCAGAGAUGACACACACGCAGGGACGGACCCCAUGUGCUGAGCUCUGCUGCGCUAGCUAUGGCUGGGUGAUAUCUUGGCGGACUGUCGUCAACCUUUCUUUGUUCUGUUGUCUGUGACGUCGAAGUGACACUGAAUGGGGGACUCUCACAACUGAAUGGACUCUCACAACUGAAAUGGAGGCUCGCGCCUUGUUUGGUUCGCCCACGCGGCCUUUGCGAUCGAAUUCGGGCAGCUGUG